GCCAUCCGCGCCAUCGCCCCCGACGCGGUGCACCGCAUCUGCAGCGGGCAGGUCGUCCUCGACCUCGCGUCCGCGGUGAAGGAGCUCGUGGAGAACGCGCUCGACGCGGGCGCGACGAACGUCGAGGUGCGCGUCCGAGAGCACGGCGUGGAGUGCGUCGAGGUCGUGGACAACGGCGCGGGCGUCUCCGAGGAAAACUUCGCGGCGCUGACGACAAAGUACGCGACGUCGAAGAUCGCCGCGUUCGACGACCUCGCGUCGCUGCGAUCGUUCGGGUUCAGAGGCGAGGCGCUGUCGUCCCUGUGCGCGAUGUCGACGCUGGUCGUGACGACGAAGACGAAGGACGACGACGCGGGGAGUCGGAUCGAGUACGACCGCUCGGGGAUGAUCGUUCGCGUCGAAACCGUCGCGAGGGCGACGGGGACGACGGUGACGCUCCGCGACGUCUUCGCGCCGCUCCCGGUGCGAAGGAAAGAGUUCGUUCGUAACGCGAAGCGCGAGUACGCGAAGCUCCUGAGGCUGCUGCAGGCGUACGCGAUGAUAAGCGCGGGGGUGAGGAUCGUGUGUUCGCAUCAACGCGCCGAGGGCGUCCGCGGCGGCGGAAACGGCGGCGGCAGGGAAACCGUCGUCAACACGCGGGGGGGCGUCCACGCCGACGUGCGCUCGAACGUCGCGUGCGUGUUCGGCGCCAAGGCGGUGCAGGGUCUGACGCCCGUGGACGCGGUGCUGGGUGCCGACUUGGGGUGCCGAGUCGUCGGGCUCGUGUCCAAGGCGCAGGCGGAGUGCGGGCGCGCCGGCGGCGACCGGCAAUUUUUUUACGUCAACGGGAGACCGGUGGACCUCCCCAAGGCGACGAAGGCGCUGAACGAGACGUACCGCGCGCAGUUCAGCGUCGCGAUAACGCGCGCGCCGUUCGCGGUGCUGGACUUUCGGCUGCCCACGAACGCGUACGACGUGAACGUCACCCCGGACAAGCGCGAGGUGUUGCUGCACAGCGAGAAAGAGAUCAUGGCCGAGUUAAGGCGCGUCCUCCUC